UCUUGAACUAUGGAUGGCCAUCUGCUGGCCGUCAGGCGGUACUGCAGCAGUGUUGGGAUGAGCGCAGAGUGGACACGCUAACAUGAAACACAUUCACAACACAGCCGGACUGUGACUCCAAGAUCUGCUUCAACACCGCAAUGGACGGAACCAGCAAACGUCAAACUUUAGGAAGGUAACCCACAGUGAUGACGCUCAAGAGACCGGCUGUCAAAUAUCCAGCAGCCGCAUACAUGGACUGAUCUAUAGUCAGUUAUUCUGAAAAUUUAUAUCUUACUGUCAGUGAGUAUAUACUCAGAGAUGUCUGGCUCAAAUCUGAUUGGUCGUUUGAGGUCAGCGUUCCACCGGCAGCCGGACAGCUGGCAUCUCAGUGACACGGCCGCAUUUGAUUUCUCUGAUGAACUGGAUGAUGAUGACAUGCCAAAGUUCAACCGUCUAAAGGUGGUUGUGUCCGGAGAGGUGGAUGAGUUCCCUGUGGCUGCACGCAAUGGCUCGGCGGUCAACACGGUGGUGGUGGAUGAUGAUGACUCACUUCUGGGUUCGUCAUCGAGUCUUGGGAGCCCUGCUGUGACAACAGACCCCUGCGAGAGCUGCAGGACGUCAAGAGAACACAACAAACGCAGAAGAGUCAUGAGGAAACUGGGCUUUGCUGCACUGUUGUACUUCCUGUUCAUGGUCGGUGAGCUGAUUGGUGGGUAUGUGGCGAACAGUCUGGCUAUCAUGACGGAUGCACUGCACAUGUUGACGGAUCUCAUUGGGAUUAUAGUGUCACUGCUGGCACUCUGGCUGUCCGCAAAACCACCAACAUACAGAUUCACAUUCGGCCUCCACCGGCUUGAGGUGUUGUCUGCAGGUAUCAGUGUGUUGUUGAUCUAUAUUCUGACGGGUGUGUUAGUGAAUGAAGCCGCACAGAGAACCAUUCAUCAAGAUUUCAUGAUAGAUGGAGAUGUGAUGUUGAUCACAGCUGCUGUUGGCGUCGCCGUCAACCUGUUGAUGGGGCUUCUCCUCAAUCAAACAGGACAUCUUCACUCUCACUCUCAUGGCCACACCCACUCACAUGGGUCACCGGGCCGAGGUCAGGAUCAGGGUCAGCAGGGUCAUGGGAGCCUGGCAGUGCGAGCGGCCUUCAUCCACGCUCUGGGUGAUCUCGUUCAGAGUGUUGGCGUUCUCAUUGCUGCGUACAUCGUAAGGUUUAAGCCGGAGUAUAAGCUGGCAGAUCCAGUGUGUACGUACCUGUUCUCAGUGCUGGUGCUGUUCAGCACGUUCCAAAUCAUCAGAGACACUGGAAUCAUUCUACUGGAGGGGGUGCCGCGUCAUGUGGACGUGUCAUGUAUCAGAGCUGACUUGCUGAAGCUGCAGCAUGUGGAGCGUGUGGAGGAACUCAAGUUCUGGGCCCUUACAGCUAAUAAAACCGCAGCAAUUGUUCACUUGCAACUUGCGCCGGGGAUUGCGGAUAACUGGGAGGAAGUGCAGUCAAAUGCGCGGCGCCUGCUGAUGAAGUCACAUGGGGUUACGCAUUGCACGGUGCAGCUGCAGACGCAGAGGCAGGGGGCACCACAGUCCUGCACACACUGUCUCACACAGAGUGCCUGAAAACAGUAAUGUUGUCUGUCUUUCUCUCUCUCACACAGACACAUCCACACAAGAUGAGAGAGAGAGAGAGAUAGAUGGGUAAACUGACAUGUUGACCCGGCAGGGUUUUAAAUGAUUGUCUAGCAGCUUUUUUUCUAUUAUGAAUAAUGACCUCAUUUUUUAUAUGCCUUUAAUACAAACCUCCAAAACACAGAAACAGACCCGGUUUGCUUUUGUUUAGUAUUUUGAAUCUUUCACUGAGGAACUCUAACAGCUGGAGUGUGUGUUUAAUGCCUGUGUCUUUUGGGUGAAUCUAAUGAAGAACAUAUCCAGGUGACAUUUAACCUCCGAAUGAAAAAGACAAAAUGAGAAAUGUUAUUUUGCACAGAGAAAAAUUUUAGGACCAUAUUUUAUUUAAUUUUUUGCUUUUUGACAUUAUUUUCAUUACAAUUUAGCACCACCUCCCCACUCCAUAUUCCCAUUACUAUAAUUAAAUAUAUACACACACACACACACACACACACACACACGCACUUUAUUUUUUUCUUCUUCUUUUGAAUUUGGGAUGAAAUAUGAUCUGGAUAUGUCCUUGACAGGAAAAAUAAUCCAAUCCCUCUAUGUGCAUGUGUUUUUCCUGUGAGUGUACGUGUGCACGUGAAUGUGUGCGUUCCUCUCAUAUCUGUACUGCCUGCAGUUGAAUUACUUUUUCAUUUCAACACAAUAAAUAUUGGUUUUUGUGCAUUUAACACAUUUAGAAUAAUUUUCUUCAUAUAUUUGAGUGCCAACAACAAAAGCUACAGAUUGAAUAUAAAAUUAUUUAAAUAUCAAUAGUGACUUUCAUCAGUGUUUGGCCUUUUUAUUAUUUUUGUAGCCUUUUGGUUAUAGUUUUUUACCCUUUGAUUAUUGGAACUAAAUCUCACAGUAAUGUGAAGUUUAUCUCAUUUCUUUAUAUUUGUAGCAUUUGUUUUUUGUGGGUCUGUGUGUCUGAGGGCAUCUGAAUUAUACAUUUACACUGACUGCUGAAGAGCUUGAUAGAUUUUAAACACCUGUAUUCUGUAUUCAUGUGUGGUACAGCUGUCAUUACACACCCACACCACAAGAUGGUGCAUUUGUUGGUUGAACAAUGCAGGACUUGGGAGAAGGGAAAGUAAGACAGUCUUUUUUUUUUUCUUUUUUUUUUUCGUUUAAUGCCAUAUGAACAAGAAAUAUUUAGAUUGUAAUUACAUAAUUUACAUUGCCAGACAAUAUUUUUACAUAACUUUACAUGUUUUCAUUUUUUUUUUUUUUUACGUUUUUUUUUCCAAAAGGUAUAUACUGUAAACAAUUCAAAGUCAUUUAUAAAAUGAAAGAAAUUUGGUUUACAAUGAGCCCAUUUUUCCUUGGGUAUGUGGUAUAAUCCCAAUAAAACAAAACAAUCAACUGUACUUUAUAUUUUGUUUUUUACAUUCCAGAUUAUUACCUUCAAAAUAAAAUUUCUAAAUCCUUCCCAAACAAUCUUGAAUAAAUACAGUGAUAAAACAUGAAGAAUUGUUUCUUUCUCAGAAUUCGCAGGUACAGUGCAUUCAGAAAGUAUUCAGACCCCUUAAUUUUUUUCAUAUUUUGUUAUGUUGCAGCCUUAUGCUAAUAUGCUUUAAAUUAUUUCUUUUUUCACAUCAAUCUACACUCCUGUGACGAGGAGGAGGGUGUGGCCAGGCCGUGAUGGUGCACGGCCGGCGCUGCAUUGGCUGAUCAGCGGGACAGCGAGAUAAAAGGGAGCUGGAGGCGCCAGACACACAUGCGCAACGAGAUGAAGGGGAGCUGGGAGAGCCAGAGGUGCCAGACACACAUGCCUACCUCUCUCUCUCUCUCUCUGCAGGCAGUUCCUUUGACCUCAUGGCUUGGUUUUUUCUCUGAUAUGCAUUUUCAGCUGUAAUAUCUUAUAUAGGCAGGUGUGUGCCUUUCCAAAUCAUGUCCAAUCAAUUUAAUUUGCCACAAGUGGACUCCAAUCAAAGUGUAGAAACAUCUCAAAGAUGAUCCAGAGAAAUGGGAUGCACUUGAGCUACAUUUCAAGUGUCAUAGCAUAGUGUCUGAAUACUUAUGUCAAUGUGAUAUUUCAGUUUUUUCUUUUUUUUAUAAAUUUGCAAAGUUAUCAAAAAUUUGAUUGUGGUAGUGGGGACGUGGUUGAGCACUGGCUUGCUAAUGGAGAGCGAGAUGAGAACGGUGAGGAUCAUCACCUGUUAAUGAUUGUUUCUAACAGCUGUUUGUCAUUGCAGUGAGAGUGCAGACGGUGUUAAAAGUGAGCCAGAUGCCAGUAGAGGAGAGAGAGAGAGAGAGAGAGACCCGCACACACACCCUCUGAGCCUGUGUGGCAUGAGAGCUUUGCGAGAGAGUGUUUUGUUCUGAUCAGUAAAUAAACAUACCAUUUGAGUUGAAGUUCACCGUUCCCGAUUCCUCCUUUCUCACCCCAAGAACCCGAUUCUUUUACACUGGUUUUUGCUUCAUCAUUAUGGGGUAUGGAGUGUAGAUUAUGUGAAAAAAAUGAAUAAUUUAAAGGAUUUUAGCAUAAGGCUGCAACACAACAAAAUGUGAAAAAAAUGAAGGGGUCUGAAUACUAUAUGAAUGCACUGUAUAUGAAAUGUUCAAUUUAAAUCUUUACAAGACAUGUUUGGCUGGAUUAAGCCUAUGCAUUAUUUUGUAUGAUACUUCUUCUUUAUCUUUGUUGAGACAAAACUGAUUCUGUAUUUUACAUGCUUCGUCCCUAGAUAUACUGCCAAAUAAAGAAGACCAAAAAAAUCUUGCUGCAAGAAAUGAA